UGGCCAUUUCUUUCUUCUAAUACCACAGGCAGUACACAGAAGGAGCCCAUCUCUGCCUUAGUUCACAAGCUGAUUGUAUUCUGGAAUGUGUAUUCUGGGUCAAAGUCAGAGUGGUACAAUUAGGGAAAGGGGUAGACAGUGAUAAUGAACCAUUCGUUCUUUCUAGAAAUAUUUACUGGUAGCACCCCGUCAGGCCUACAUCAGGGACACAGGCUACAGAACAAAGAGAAGGGACAUGGAUUCUGGUCUGGAAAUUACAGUCAAGGAGAAGAGAUGCUCAAUAGAAAAGUUCCUUAUUUAUUAAGUGACCCACCUUCUUAUCUUAGUUCCUAGAUUCUUACAGUGCAAACUCCAGGGUGCCUUUGGCUUUAACUCCCAUUAGCAUUCUCUUCUGCUCCCUUCUGACCUCAGCUGCACCUGUACCACUUCCCUCUCCCUGCCAACAUGACAAGGGUGAUGGAUGGAUCCUCUCUGUGUCUGACUGUUGUAGUCUAAGUGUUGGCAGGAUGGUUGGUAUUAUCUGAUUUCUGAUAGAUCCAUUGUUUAUAGCUUUCUGUCAUGGUUCUUACUAGAAAUCCUUUGUGUGUGUGUGUACAUGUGUUUCUAGAAUAUGUUUUAUGCAUGGUUUAAUACAGUUAGACCAUAAAUGUGAUGUGAGAAACUUUCUGAGAAGGGCUCAAUGACAUGCAAAGGGAAAGGACGUGUGAAUUGUCUGUCCUUUCAAAUCUAACUACAGGAAUGACAGAAUAGGAAUUUUCACUGUUUUGAUUAAAUCUAAACUUUUACUUUUCCUCUUCUGUAUGCAGUUUCUAGUUUCAUGUCCCACAUGCAGGCCACUCCAACUGCCCUCCUGGAGAUAUUGAGAGGUGCGAUAGUCAUUUAGGCAAUUCCCACACAACUGAAUUUAUAGUGUUUUGAAAUCACUUCUCUUACAUUAUAUAUACACACAGCACAAAGAAACCCAAAGUUUUAACUUACUAAAAAAAAUCAUCAUUGCCCCCCAUUUGUACAGAGAUGACUACAAUGAGAAAUAAAAGGAGAAAUGAAAAUGGUACAAAAGUAUGCAUAGCAGCAGAGAGAAUUUUCAUGAUUUGCUUUAUUCUGCAGUAACAUAAGCUACCACCUGUUAUCAUGUCCAUCCAGAAUAUAACUGUUGUGCUUUUGUGCAAUAGACAAAGAUGCUUUUUUAUCAAUUCUUAGAAGUCUGGAGGACACACCAUUCAUGCUGUCAACUCCCCCAGAUCCUUUCAACAAAUAAUCCCAACAGGGACAAAUGUCAACAUAUUAAUUUAUUAAAUUAAAAACAAAAGCAGCAUUUGGGCAAGGCACUUCCCUUCAUUUUCUAUCAGCACUCCAAUUCUUGCUGAGUUUAUAGCAACCCAGAGAUCAUGGAAUACUACAGGCAUGUAUUAUGGUGACCAAAUUGGGAUAGUAUCUCCCUGCAGUCACACUAGCCAGGAAGUUGACAGACAUGCUGAUCCUAACUUCCAACUUUGUCCAAAGUUCUAGAAACUCUACAACAUCCAAGUUCUUAGUAACAGAGCUCACAUGAAUAAGAAAAUAAACCAGAGAUAUAAAAAAUUUAGAUUCCCUUUUCCGCCCAUUCCCCCCACCCCCGAGCACCGCUCCGGCUGCACCACGCUCGCUCCGCGCUGUCAGUCUCGUGCCACCAUCCCCAGCCGCCACCAUGAUCAUCUACCGGGACCUCAUCAGCCAUGACGAGCUUUUCUCCAAUAUCUAAAAGAUCCGGGAGAUCGCGGAUGGGCUGUGCCUGGAGGUGGAGGGCAAGAUGGUCAGGAGGACAGAGGGUAACAUCGAUGACUCGCUCAUUGGUGGAAAUGCUUCCGCUGAAGGCCCGGAGGGUGAAGGUACCGAAAGCACAGUAGUCACCGGUGUUGAUAUUGUCAUGAACCAUCACUUACAAGAAACCAGCUUCACAAAAGAGACCUACAAAAAGUACAUCAAAGAUUACAUGAAAUCACUCAAAGGCAAACUUGAAGAACAGAAACUAAAAAGAGUAAAGCCUUUUAUGGCUGGGGCUGCAGAGCAAAUUAAGCACAUCCUUGCCAACUUCAAUAACCAGUUUUUUAUUGGUGAAAACAUGAAUCUAGAUGGUUUGGUUGCUCUCCUGGGCUACCGUGAAGAUGGUGUGACUCUACUUAUGAUUUUCUUUAAGGAUGGCUCAGAGAUGGAAAAUGUUAACAAAUUGGACCUGUCACCGUAACUGGCUGCUGCUUAUCAUCCAUUCAACACCAGGACUUAAGACAAAUGGGAUUGAUGUCAUCUUGAGCUUUUAUUUUUUGACCAUGAUUUAUUUAGAGUGGAAGCAUUGUUUUUGUAAGAAAAAACAUGUCAUGUGGGUUGUCUAAAAAUAAAGUGCAUUUAA